CACAAUUACACCUCUCCUCCCACCCCUCUCUCUCUUACUAUCUCAUCGUUGCUAAUCUCUCUCUCCAUCGAACCUGCUCAAACCAUGGCGACGAGCUCCGGCCGGUUAAUCGCCGGUUCAACGGUCUCGAUGAGCUCAAUCAAACGCCGCAAUGCGAAUCCACCACCACCUCAAUCAAUCUCCCUAAUCUGUCGAAAUCAAAUAAAACUCCUUCCGCCUCUCCUCCUCCGCUCAUCUCAACGGUCCUCCAGGCUAUGGUCAAUCGAGGCCGUCCCUUCCGCGAAGUUCUGGGACGGAUCUGACGAUUUCGAAGUCACCAAGGAGGAGGAGAAGAAGAAGUCUGAUUCCCCCGUGGUCGCGGGGAAACACGACAAGACGACGGAGAUAGUUAUUGCGGCGGCGGUUACAGCGGCGCUGGGGGUGGGGAAUCGUGUUAUGUAUAAGCUGGCGCUUGUUCCUCUCAAGCAGUAUCCAUUCUUCCUCGCUCAGCUUUCCACUUUCGGGUAUGUAGCUGUAUACUUUUCUAUCCUGUAUUUCAGAUACCGAGCUGGAAUUGUCACAAAAGAGAUGCUAUCAGUUCCGAAAAUUCCAUUUUUAGUCGUUGGCAUUUUAGAGUCUCUUGCUUUAACUUCUGGGAUGGCUGCUGCAGCAAAUCUCUCUGGACCAUCGACUACAGUUUUAUCUCAGACGUUUCUUAUUUGGCAAAUUAUAUUCUCCAUGAUUUUUCUCGGGAGGAGAUAUAGAAUAAAUCAAAUAUUCGGAUGUGUUCUUGUAGCAAUUGGUGUAAUCGUCAGUGUGGCAAGUGGAUCGGGGGCCGCUCAUUCACUUAAAGAUGCUGGAAUUGUUUGGAGUCUUCUUAUGGUAUUAUCUUUUAUGCUUCAAGGAGCAGAUACAGUAAUGAAGGAAAUCAUCUUUCUAGAUAGCAAAAAGCGGUUGAAGGGUGCUUCUCUUGAUCUGUUUGUUGUAAACUCAUAUGGUUCAAUUUUCCAAGUCAUAUGCAUAGCGUUGCUUCUUCCUUUUCUUUCAAAACUUUGGGGCAUACCGUUUAACCAACUACCAAGCUAUCUCAGAGACGGAGGUGCUUGCUUUCUGAACAUUGGUGCUAAAACAACAGGAUGCGAAGGAGCUCCUCUUCUUCCAAUAAUGUUUGUAAUGAUGAACAUGGCUUACAACAUCUCUCUUCUACGCCUCAUCAAGAUCUCAUCUGCUGUUGUGUCGUCUCUAGCAUCCACCGUCUCAGUGCCCAUAGCGGUUUACUUCUUCACGCUUCCUUUACCGUACCUUGGAGUCGCAUCUGCACUUCCAACAGGGUUCGUGGCAGGCACAGUGAUCCUUGUACUAGGCAUGCUUCUAUAUGCUUGGACACCAUCAUCCUCUCACACCCCCGAUUCUGUUAUCCCCUCGCCCCCAUCAACCUAAACGGGUCAGGAGAUUGGGUUUUGUAUUGUAGCUUUGUUUGUUUGUUAUUUUAAUCUCAUUGUAGCAUAUAUGCCCUUUUUGUCAAUCAAGGAAUAAGUUAGCUCAUUAUUUUGUAACAUUUGUCGACUAUUAUUAGUUUGUAUUUGAUUCUAUCAUAGGAACGCUAUGGUAGGCUCGAAUCCCAAUGGAUUAUGAUCAUAUUAGAGAUAAGAGUUUGGACAAUUGACAGAACUAAUUUAAUGUAUGUUUAUUCCUCGAAAUUUUGCAAUUGGUA